GAAGGAGAUAAAGUUUGUUGGCGAUGAAGCCACAGGCAGGCAUUUCCUCUCCAAAGUGCAAUGGCCAGGCGAUGAAACAGAUGCUUCUUGGUGGAGGAUGUGGAAUGUGUCAUGGUUACUCUCCGGUCCUGUUAUGCGCAUGCGCAUCACUAAAAUUAAUAAUUAUAUAAAUCAAGCCUCCCACUAUAAUUUACAUAAAAUUUUUUUUAUAGCUACAGAGUACUCGAGUAAAUCUAUAGAUCUAACUAUGGCAAAUGAAGAGAAGUCUGCCAAAAGCCCACUUUCAACAAAAACCCUUGCCCUGGUUGGUGUAGGCAUUGCUGUAGUCUUGGUGAUUGUGAUUGCAGUUGGUAUUGGUGUUGGUGUGGGUGUCGGAGUCUCCAAUGCCAACAGUGCAAGUGCUGAAGACAGUGCUACUUACAGCAAUGCAGCUGUAGCUGCUGAUGCUGAAGCUUGCUCUAAAGCAGGAGUGGAAAUGCUCAAGAAAGGAGGGAGUGCUGUGGAUGCUGCGAUAGCCGGUCAGCUUUGUGUGGGGGUUGUCAAUUUUCACUCUGCUGGAAUUGGAGGAGGAGGCUUCAUGGUCUACUACAAUCACACCAGUGGAGAGUCAUUCGCUCUGGAUUUUCGAGAGGUUGCCCCUCUGAAUGCGAGUACAUACAUGUACAACAACACUGCUUCUGACAGUCACAUAAGAGGUGGACUCUCCAUUGCUAUUCCUGGUGAGAUUCGAGGCUAUGAUGUUGCUUGGAAGAGAUUUGGAAAAUUAGAAUGGAAUGAGCUAUUUGAGCCAGCUAUUCGAAUCGCUAUACUGAGGUUUCCAGGACUGGCAGAGUUGCUAGCUCCAGAAGGAAGUAUUCUACUUGAAGGUGACAUGCUGAAGCGUCCCCUCCUGGCUUCAACGCUCAGAAAUAUUGCCGACAAUGGUGCCAACUACUUCUACGAAGGUGCAUUUAUGCAGCAGAUGGUCAGUGAGCUACAAGCAAUUGGUGCCAUCAUAACUGCACGUGAUUUUGAGGAAUACAGUGUGGAGGAGCGACCUGUCACCAGGGCAUCUUACGAUGCAUAUGAUGUACUGGGAAUUUCGGCUCCCGGGGGCGGACCUGUCCUUGGGCUCAUACUAAACAUCCUCGAUGGCUAUGAUUUCAAGGAGGGAGAAUUGGAUGGCUUAUCCUCGCAUCGUAUUGUUGAAGCAAUGAAGUACGCCUACGCUCAGAGGCUAAAGCUGGGAGAUCCUGCCUUUAAUGACACAGUUAACCUAGCUGUUCAGUAUAUGCUGAAUGAAAAUACCGCAGUGGAUUUGAGGGGGAGAAUCAAUGACAGCAUGACGUAUCCCUCUGAUCAUUACAUUGAUCCGUUUAGUCCGCUGCAAGUUGCUCAUGAUCGUGGAACCUCUCAUCUUUCGGUACUUGCUGAGAAUGGAGAUGCUGUUUCAAUGACAAAUUCCGUCAACUACUUCUUUGGCUCCAAAGAUCGCUCCUCCACUAGUGGAAUAGUGUUUAACAACCAGAUGACAGACUUCAAUAUUCCUGGUAGAAGUGAUUCAUUCAAUGAGAUAUCAGUUAACUAUGUUGAGCCAAAGAAGAGACCUCUCUCUUCAAUGACGCCAACGGUGAUACUCACUAACGAUGGAGUUAAGAUGGUGGUGGGUGCAUCCGGAGGAUCUCGUAUUACUACAAGUGUAGCACAGGUAAUCCUUAAUGUGCUCGGGUUUUCUCUCCCUCUAAACGAGGCCAUCUAUCGCAGGCGACUACAUCAUAGGCUAAUCCCGAACUCUGUAUCAGUGGAGACUGAUUUCUCUGAAGACAUCACCAGCAGUCUGGAGUCGAGAGGGCACAUAGUACAAGUGAGCACUUCCUCUGCAGUGGUCCAGGGAAUAAACGUGGUGGAUGGUCUGCUGCAUGCUACUAGUGAUCCCAGAAAGGGCGGAAUACCAGAUGGAUACUAACCAGCAAACAAUACUAAGUAAACAAUAAGAUGAUAGGAUAUAGUGGAUCCUAUAAUAGAUCUAGCGAACAAUAAAGGAUAGUGGAUAUAGACAGUGAUCAAUAUCGGAUAUAGUGAAUAUAGUAACUAGGAUCAUAGUGGAUAGUAGUAACUAAGUAAUAGCUACAUGAUAGCAAGAGUUCAAAUGAACUCUUAACGAUAGUGAAUCUAUAUAAGUGAUAACCUUUUUUGCAUGUGAAUGUUGUCAGUUGCAGUUUUUCAGUUAUGUCCACAAUUCAUGUUAAAGAGAAUUAAAACAUAAUUUACCAAUUGA